CGACUCGUCUUUGCGAACAACUUGUCAGUGUACGAUACUUUCUCUUCGGCAGUCUACGAUCGACGAAGUGAACCUGUGACGUGGAGUCAUCUCACUCCGACACUGGUGCAGAGGAUCAAGGACGAGUUGAAUUCGUAUAAGAUGGAGAUUAUCCAUCCUGACAUCUGCAGCUAUACAGGGCGCCCUCAAACGCGCAAGAAUGAGAUGUCUGGCCAGGGAAGGGUACGUGCCAACACAUUUCCUGUUUGA